AAAGGACUUCUGGAGAGUCCAGCCUUCCAAUUUUUACACGAGGAGUAACCCAAAGGAAGCUCAAGUAAAAAUUGUCUCGUGUUUUGUCGUAGUUGAUGCAGUUUCUCUGGUCAUUGCCGUACUGGUGAUUGUAAAACGGGAACGGCCACAGCGUCGCGUAAAAGUUGUUCAACAUAAGUGAUGGGACGGGGAAAAGGAGACUCCUUGUCCCAAACAGAGGAGUAAAAUAAGCUUUUAAUUUUGGCGUCGCAUGCAUCGUCGUCCACAGCCAGACACUGGAGAAAAAUAAAAUAAGCAAAAAGGAAGGGAGGGAAGUAAGAAAUGCCGAGCUCUAAUUGGUUUCCUUGUAAUGCAUCUCCUAGUCCUUGCUCUUCUAUCUCUCGCCAUUACUUUAUCCCCAUACCCGCCUUGCCGACCCCGGCUACCUCAACCAACUCCGCCAGAAAUCUCAGGGUCAAAAUGGCAUCCGAUUCUCUUACUCCGCCUGAAAACCGCAUCGUUGUGGGAUGUGGAAGUGCGGUCGUUGAUUACUUAGCGGCGGUGGCGGCGUAUCCUAAGCCCGACGAAAAGAUCAGAACCACGAGCUUGAUGGUUCAAGGAGGUGGAAACGCGGGAAAUGCAUUAACCUGUGUGGCUCGUUUGGGCUUAAAUCCAAGGCUUAUUUCCAAGGUUGCAGAUGACACUCAAGGUAGGGAUAUUUUGGACGAGCUCAAAGCUGAUGGUGUGGAUACUUCCUUUUUCGUGGUUUCCAAGGAGGGUAAUUCACCAUUUACCUAUAUCAUUGUUGACAACCAAAUGAAAACUCGUACUUGUAUCAACACCCCAGGAUAUCCUCCAAUGAAACCAGAUGACCUUUCCCGAGCAAGUUUAUUAUCUGCAUUAGAUGGUGGGAGAAUUUUCUAUUCUGAUGGAAGAUUACAUGAAACUGCUUUAAUUCUUGCACAAGAGGCAGUUCGCAGGAGGAUACCCAUCUUAAUUGAAGCAGAAAGGGUAAGAGAAGGGUUGGAUGAUCUCCUGAAAUUAGCUGAUUAUGCCAUAUGCUCAGCAAAAUUUCCACAGGCAUGGACAGAGGCACCAUCCGUUCCAAGUGCACUUGUUUCAAUUCUUUUGAGAUUGCCAAAUAUCAAGUUUGUGAUUGUGACCUUGGGUGAAGAAGGAUGCAUAAUGCUUGAGAGAAGCGUCGGGGAGGGUCCGCAGACAGAAGAAAUUGGUGUAGAAAUCUUAUUAGAAUCAUUAAAGCGGCAACAGGAUGAAAGUGUAGCCAUCCCAACAUACAUAUCAUCGGUAGUAUACUUCCCAAUGAACCUAAAAACUCUCUUUCUAUGGAGGAUUGGUUACUUUCCACCUUGUAAUGGUUCUUCUGUAAUCUAUUGUGGGAGAAAGCCAGUGACAAGAUUGAGAGGGAAUGGCAUAGGGACAGUAUGUGGGCGGUUAUUGCUUGGAACGGCUGAGAAGAUACCACCAUCAGAACUUAUCGAUACAACUGGUGCUGGGGAUGCAUUUAUUGGAGCUGUAGUUUAUGCUUUAUGUACCGACAUGCAGCCAGAAACAAUGUUGCCAUUUGCAGCUCAAGUGGCAGCAGGAAACUGUAGAGCUUUGGGGGCUCGAACUGGUCUUCCACUACGCUCGGAUCCACGCCUGGCAUCGUUUUUACAUCAGCAUUCCAAAGUGAGGGUCACAUCUUCAGCGACGUAAUGAGAAGCAUGGGAUUCAGCAUGCAAGAUGGGCUUUUUAUGUUUUAUGUUUCUUCAUACACUUGUUUUCGGUUGUCUUUUUUAAAAAUAAAAAAUAAAAAAUAAAAAACAAACAUUUUGUUUAUAUUUAUUUCAGAUUUUCUUGUAUCUAUGAUCAUUUCACUAUUUUAGUAAAAGGUUGCCACACAUGCUUCCUUCAACAGCGAUGUCAUUGUUUAAAAGAUGUGAUCUAUUCCAUUGGAGCAACGAAGCAAUAUUAGAUCC